AUGAAAUACGCAGACGCUGUACCAGAUAUGCGGUACGAUUCCGAAGCCGCCUAUGCCUUUCGACUCUGGUUCACCGGGGCGUCGCAUAUUCCGUGCUACUCUACCCGUCUGUACGGGCCGGUUAAAGCGAACCAGGUGACUCCUAAUCAAUGGAAGAACACGUUGAGUAAGGACCGCCAAAUGUGGGCGGCAGAAGCUAGCGACUACGUGUCGUGCUACACGUUGGUCAAAUCGUUCUUUGGCCACAGUGCCAACAAUAAUCUCCCCCAGAAAAGGGAAGUGGACGAGAUUGUGGAUGAACUUGUGAAGAACGAGACUUCUUCAGGUCAUCGACUAUUUGUUGCAAGAAUGGACGCCACCCUCAACCACUCCAGCUACUCCGACUUACUGUGCGACCACUGCACUGUCUUCAGCUUCACUGUCUUCAGCUUCACUGUCUUCAGCUUCACUGUCUUCAGCUUCACUGUCUUCAGCUUCACUGUCUUCAGCUUCACUGUCAUCAGCUGCAGUACCUGUUCGUGGGACUUUGAACAAACGGGGCGGUAA